ACUUUUUCUUGCUCUACCAUUUGUGUGUGUGUCCCCAUAAACCUUGAAGCAAUCAAAAGUUGCGCCUUUUCUAAAGGCAAUUCCGCCGCCCGAACAAAACAUGGCGGGAAGUGGUUCUUUGUACUUGGGCUUUGACCUCAGCACGCAGCAGUUGAAGGGUCUCGUCGUGAGCUCGGAUCUCAAACUCAUCCACGAAGCCAAGGUCGACUUUGACCAAGAUCUCGGAAAGAAGUAUGGCAUAGAAAAGGGAGUUCUGACCAACCCUUCUGAAGGGGAGGUCUUUGCUCCUCCGGCAAUGUGGCUCGAAGCUCUGGAUUUGGUGCUUGAUCGACUGAAGGAGGCUGGUCUGGACUUUGGUCGAGUGAAGGGCGUUUCGGGAGCAGGAAUGCAGCAUGGAACCGUAUUCUGGUCGAGACAUGCAGAAAGUCUGCUGGCAAAUCUGGACGCUGGUCAACCUUUAGUCGGACAAUUGGAUGCCGAAGUCGAGAGUGGAAGGAGAGGAGCUUUUGCUCACCCAAUGAGCCCCAACUGGCAGGACGCUUCCACCCAGGAACAAUGCGAUGCUUUCGAUGUUGAACUUGAAGACAAGGAGACCUUGGCCAAUGUGACCGGCAGCAAAGCUCACCACCGCUUCAGUGGCCCGCAGAUCAUGCGCUAUCGAAAGAAGCAUGCCGAGCACUACGAGCAGACGGCGAGGAUAUCACUUGUGUCAUCGUUCUUAGCCUCCAUUCUUCUCGGGAAUAUUGCCCCGAUUGACAUCAGCGACGUGACUGGCACAAAUCUGUGGAACCUAGACAAGGCUGCCUGGGAUCGAAAACUUGUCGCUCUUGCGGCCGGUGGAGAAGAUAAAGCCGACGAACUCCUCACCAAACUGGGCGACGUUACAAUAGACGGUGGAAAGACAUUUGGAACGAUUUCGAACUACUUCGUGAACAGGUACGGAUUCGCGCAAGACUGCAACAUCAUCCCCUUUACAGGCGACAACCCGGCAACGAUCCUCGCUCUACCUCUCCGCGCCGGCGACGCAAUGGUAUCUCUGGGAACCAGCACGACCUUCCUCAUGAGCACAUCACAAUACAAGCCCGACCCAGCCUACCACUUCAUGAAUCAUCCGACCACUCCUGGCCUCUACAUGUUCAUGCUCUGCUACAAAAACGGCGGUCUCGCCCGCGAACAGAUCCGCGACCAGCUCGACCCGAGCGGGAAAUGGGACCACUUCGACUCGACCGCUCUCUCCACCGCACCCGUCUCUCAAAAGUCUGAUGGCGAACCCAUGCGUAUCGGCCUCUACUUCCCUCGUCCCGAGAUCGUGCCCAACCUCCCCUCCGGUCAAUGGCGCUUCAACUACAACCCAUCCACCGACUCCCUCGACGAAGUCUCCUCCGACUUCCUCCCCGACGACGCCCGCAACAUCAUCGAGUCGCAGAUGCUGUCACUUCGCCUGCGGUCACACAACCUCGUCCAUCCCGGAAAAGAUCCCAAGUCUGGCGAGACCCUACCGGCACAGCCAAGACGUGUAUAUCUCGUUGGAGGCGGGUCGGCAAAUCCGGCCAUCGCGAAGAUCUGCGGUGAAGUCCUCGGUGGCGUGGAAGGUGUGUUCAAGCUGGACAUUGGCGGGAACGCGUGUGCAUUGGGAGCGGCGUACAAAGCUGUUUGGGGAUGUGAAAGGAAAGGAGGCGAGUCAUUCGAGGACUUGAUUGGGAAGAGGUGGGACGAGGCGAGCUUUGUGAAGAGAGUGGCAGAUGGGUAUACGAAGGGUGUGUUCGAGAAGUAUGGCGAGGCGGUCAAGGGGUUUGAAAAGAUGGAACAGGUCGUGCUGAAGAAGGAAGUCGAGCUGUUGGGUCAACGUGGUGGUGGGUUAAUGUAUCCGCCUAAUAAGUGAGAUGCAACGCGCAAAUUUCGUCUUCGUUAGGUGUACAAAUUGGGAAUACCUACUCGAAGGGCCAAAUCAGAAAUCCCCAAAACCCAG